UCCCUGGCAACAGCUCGUACCCGGAAGUUGUUGUCUUGGCCGCGAAAUCUCAACAGCUCAAAGCUUCAUAGCGGUAGAGAUGUCAUUAAAAUGUCUUUCAAAUAGUCCCUAGAGGACUUCCAGCGGGACAGCGGAGUGGACAGAGCUCUGGCUCUAUGUGUGUGUGUGUAGUGUGUGGUGGCUGUGAUGCAGCGCAGUGUGGAGGUGAAGCAGGUGAAGCAGGUGAUCGGAGCUCUCUGCAGACUGCUAGCGGCCACCGGCCUGGACUCUGUCCCCGCACCGGAGGACUUCAGACGGGCUAAAUUCGGUGGUGGAGCCGAGGUGGAGGAUCAGUUUUGGCAGUUCCUCGCCAAUAUCCUUCAGACAGCGAGCAUUGUUUCCUGUGAAGCUAGUGCACAGCUAGGAGGAGCCACAGAGUACAGGAAGCUGGUAACUGCAGGCCUCUGGCAGACAGGCUACCAUGCUGACUGGAUGUAUGGAAGGGGGGGAGAAGGAGGGGAGGGCGGGAGAUUCUCCAGCAGAGACCUCCUCCUGGCGUUGGGCUGGCUGCUCGCUACAGGACAACUGGAGAAACUGCUGACACAGCGAGUACAGCAACUGGACAAAACACUACUCACACCUACACCUGUGAACAAUCAGUUUUCCAAUGAGCUCCAGUUAGACUCAGCAUCUCUGAGGAGACCUCAGUGGCUCAUUGGUUGUCUGAGACACCAGGGGCGGACCCUGCUGUCCAUGCAAGAAGAGCGAACUCGCCUGCUCCAUGCUGUUUUCUUUGCCAGCCUUCCCUCCUCUGUAUCCUCCUCCUCCUCCUCCACGGAUCAAAGCUCAACAGCGCUAAGGAAGGACUGUGUUUGUAUGCAGCGGCUCUGUGAUCUCCUAGAGGCAUAUCUGAACUGGAAACAGGUGGAGGAAGUCUUCUGGACCUGGAUGGACAGUGUGGCGGAUUGCCAUCUGACAGAUCCUGUCGUCACGAAGCCUACACAUGCACCCAAUGGGAGGGCCAGAGUGUGUCACCACGGAAACCAGGGGCUAGACAAAUUGGAGGACAUGCUAUUGUGUCUGCCUACAGGACAGAUAUCUGUUGGGAAUCGGGACACCCAGCUCCAAACCGGGCAGUCACGGACAAACCGGGACGUCUGGUCACCGUAUUUAAAGGACAGAGGAGAGGCAGAGGAGAUGCUGAGGACAGACGAGGAGGAGGAGGAGGAGGAGGAGGAGGAGAGAGGUUGCAGGGUGGAUCGGACACAUCUUGCCUCCCUCCUCUUCUCUCUUCUCUACCCUGCCUGCCCUCCAUCCUCCAGGUCUACAGAGCCAGGCUCCAGACUGAGAGGCCAGUCAGACACAGCAGCCACCGAGCAGGGGGGCCCCGCGGCGGGGACGAGACUCCGGACGGGCUCCCGGCAUCUCAGGCUGCGCGGCUGCUUCUCCAGACAGAGGCUCUGCUGCUGGAGAGGAGGGGCAUUCAGAGACUGGCCAAUAGGAUGCAGCUGCAGGAGAUGAUUGGCAGGCUGGAAGAACUGGUGUUGAUACCACCAUAGACUUUUUUUUAUUCCUUGAACCGCUAUUUUAUUAAUUCAGAAAUAAACACAAUAUUGAUUUUAAUUUUUUUUAUUUUUGCCAACGAUUCACUUGACGUUUGGAUGGAAAAGUGUUCUUCUUUCACAAGAAAAUAAGCUUCCAACAACUUUAGUUUGUUGUCGCUGAAAAUGAUAAUAACCUUCAUAUGUCAUUUUUUAAACAGUUACAAACUGAAGAGAAACAGGACAAAUAAGAACAAAAUUAAACAUUAACAUAAAGUUAAUACAUAAUUCCUAUUCUAUGCAGGCUGUCCUCAAUUUUUUACAAAUCAAACAAUACAGUAUAUAUAUUUUAGACGGUUAUCAAAUUCAAAAUUACUUACAAUGAAUUUUGUCAGUGCCCGAUCCAUCUUGGCUGCUCGAUCCGUUCUGCUCAUGUACGGGCGCGCCUACCCAGUAUGCCUUGCGGGAAGACCUGCCCCUACUCUGCCUCUGAUUGGCUACUGGCUUUUAACCGCUAACAGUAGGUAGCCUAGCUAUGAUGCUAACCAGAGCUUCAGAGCUGCCGUGGCUGAGGAGAGCAACUCAGCCACGGCAGCUCUGGCUAGGCUACCCGCUCAGAACACAGGGAUGUUUUUUUUUAUAAACGUUGUAUGCUAGUUCAUUAUUAAAUUCACUUCUGAGAAUUUUUGAGGCGAGAAAUCUGUGUAGAUUUUGAAUAUUGGGCAGUUUUACGAAAAUUGAUGGCUCCACAGAGAAGUUCCACAAACUGGCUUGGCUGGAGCUCUCUCAAGAAACCGGUCACGUAGACGCGCCUGUGGGGAUCACUGGUUAUGCGCAGAACGGAUCGGGCAGCUUGGACGGAUCGGGCACUGACAAAUCUAACAGAAUAAAAUGAAGUUCCUACAUCACAAACAUUACAACCACAAUUAACAAGAUCAGCAGUCACAGUCAUUGUAGAUUAAUGAGAUAUGAGAUUAAUAAAAUCCCUGUGUCCUCA